CUAAAGGCUUAAAAAUUCUAGUCUGUUUCACUGGCUGUUAUUGUUAUGGGCUGUGAAAUUUACAGCCCUAACUUGAGUGUUUGAUUCUGUGCAGAUGGACAUCUGGAGCUGCCUAUGGACAGCUGUCCCUGAGAGGGCAGAGAGGUGGCACUGAAUUCCCUUGGUUUUUCCAUGUUCUUUAGCUUUUCUGUUGAUUUUUAUAUGGUACAAUGAGCAAGGAUCAAUUUAAUCUUACUGGUACAUCUGAAGUAAAAAUCAGUUCUGUGCUCUUUGCUACAGUGGUGCACAGAUCUAUCUAUGGAUUGGAAGAAGUCUCAGAAUCACAGACUAUGCUGAGCAGGAAAAGAUCCACAAGGAUCAUCAAGUUCAGUUCCUGGCCCUGCACAGGGCCAUUCCCAAGAGCCACACCACAUGCCUGAGUAUGUUGUCACCUGCUAAUGUACUUCAACUUCCAGAAUUGAAAAAUAAAAGCUAAAGUGAGGGUUCUGAGGAAGAAGCACUUGAAAGAUGUGCAUCUCCAACAAGUAUCUGUCAGAAGGUUUGCAUCGUUCAAUCUCUUUUCAAUGGAAGACCAGAAUACAGAAGAGGAAACUGGGACCUGGGUUAAGUAUAGAAGCAUCUUUUAUCCCAAGUACAGUGUCUCCUUAAGAUUUCACAAUGGCCUCUUAAAUGUUAAAGAUGUUCUUACAAGUUUUGACAACACGGGGAAUGUCUGUCUCUGGCCAUCUGAAGAAGUGCUGGCUUACUACUGCCUAAAGCAUAAUGAAAUAUUCAGGGACCUUGCUGUGUGUGAGCUAGGGGGUGGCAUGACAUGCUUGGCUGGGCUCAUGGUUGCUAUUUCUGCAGAUGUCAAAGAAGUUCUGUUAACUGAUGGAAAUGAAAAGGCCAUCAAAAAUGUAAAUGAGAUCAUCACAAGAAACCAAAAUGCCGGAAUAUUUAAGGCUCAGAAGGUGUCAAGCUGCAUUUUACGAUGGGAUAAUGAGACAGAUGUCUCUCAACUGGAAGGACAUUUUGACAUUGUUAUGUGUGCUGACUGCCUGUUUCUGGACCGGUACAGAGCUAGCCUUGUUGAUGCAAUAAAGAGAUUACUCCAGCCCAGUGGAAAAGCAAUGGUAUUUGCUCCACUCCGAGGGAAUACUUUAAACCAGUUUUGCAAUCUAGCUGAAAAAGCUGGUUUCUCUAUCCAAAGACAUGAAAAUUAUGAUGAACACAUUUCGAACUUCCACUCCAAGUUGAAAAAUGAAGAAAAAGAUACAUAUGAGGAAAAUCUCCAUUACCCUUUUCUUCUCAUUUUAACAAAACAGAGAUAGAAGAUUACACCUUUUUUUUAAGAUGGACUACUGAAAAUUAAUCCAUGUACGUGGAUGGUCAGGCAGUGUGGAAUGUUCAUUUUUCCCCCAUUUAUGUCCCUGAAUCAUCACUGGAGAAAUAUUUUCUAAUCUAAAUGCUGAGAAAGAUAUUGUGGCUCGUUUUGCAGAGUAUAAACAUUGACACAUCUUUUUUUUGUAUCAUUUUAGGAGUUAUUUUUCCCAUUAUAUUCCAGCCUUAUACUGAUCAGACUUGUAUACAUUAACAAAGGUGUAGAGCUGGCUUCCUUCUCUUUUGUGCCUUUAAACUUGCAUGUACUUUGUUGAUCUCUUUAAAUGCUAUUUUGAGGUGUAUUUGAAAAUAUAUGGAUAAUAUACUUUGUGGGCUUAGAUAAUUGGUUGUAAAGAAGUGAAUGCAUUGACACUUAAUUAGUAAGGAAAUAGUUGUCUGAGUCUGAAGAUCUUUCUUAAAGUGCACCUAUUGAAUGCUUGUAUUUUGCUGCCUAUUUUUUUUUAAUUCCACUGUUGAUUUUUCUGUCUAUGAUUGAAAUGUCCUCAUUUGCUUUAGUGUUGAAGGCUCCUUUUCUAUAUGUGUAUAUGUAUGUUUUUUCCAGCAAGACUUUUCCUCCUGUAGAUGUAUAAGAAAUUAUGCAUCAGACAAAAGCCUCAUAAACUGACCAUUUGUCCUUUGGACACAAUAGCCUGCCCAGCCCCUCUGCUCCUCCUCUCCAAUUAUGUGUGAUUAGUCUCAGUGUGUUGUGUCAAGAAGGGGGAGUGUGCUGAGUGCUUAUUAUCUGUUUAGGUACAAGAAGAGCACAUUUAGGUUCUGCCUAUGAAUGGAAAGUGAGUCUUUAUCAGGACUAAAAUCUAAAUGCUACUAUCCUAGAAAUUGCUUUCAAAAUAACACAUGCUUUUUUUGAUAAAUUCCAAGAAACACUGUAAGAACUAAAGGAUUUUAUAAUGUAAUCAAACUAUCUCCCUUGAAUUGGUUUAUAUUGUGAUAUAUUGUCGCCCAUAUAUUUGACACACACUUAAUGUGAGUUUUCUUGUAUGGGAAAAGACAAAAAUCCUACAAAGAAACAGGAGCAGUAUCUGAUUUCUUAACAGUUUAACAGACUGUUUUAAUGACUUCUCAGUAGCAGUCUUUAAACCACAACACUUUUAAAAUGUUGAAAAAAGAGAGAGAGGCAGAGACCAUGACUGAGAGAGGAAGGUACUAGCUGCAAGCAAGUGUAGAGAAUCCUUCUAAAAUACAUUAAUUAAAAGAAUUGCAAUUUGACAAUAAGCAUUCUUCCAUAUUCAACUCAUUGGCCAGCAUGUAAACGACAAGCUUCUGAAAGUCCCUUGCUCUUCUGCUUCUUCCCAAAUAAAUUUUUUCACUACCAGUUUGCACAUCCUUGUAUUCAGUACUUUUUAUGCUCCAUUAGAGCACCUAGAUGGAUCUCAGAAGGCAUAGGUCAAGUCGCAGUUAGAUCAUACAUUUCUUUCGCACAAAAACUUGAAUUGCAAUGCCAAGUGAUGGGCUAACAUCACAAUAACAGCAAUUUAUUCCUCUUUUGAUAAAAAGCAGCCUAUUCUCGGUGUUAGAUAAAGACCAGGGGCAAUGCAAACCAACCAUUUAUCCUAGAACUGAGUAGUAUAGCUGGUAUGAGUUUCAUAUUCAAACUCCUGUUGGAAAAUACUUGUGUAGUAAGAAAUCAAAAGCAUUUAGGAGUAAUUUAAAAUUGCUGUGAGGAUGGCUUUAGUGUAAUUAGUUUUGUUUUGUUUGUCCCACACAGCAGUGCCUUUGUUUCUCUAAAACCAUGUACAAGGAAUCUUCAUAAUCAACAAAGCAGUGUGGAAAAUAACACAAUAUUGAAAUUUGUGAACCUUUUAUUUUUGAGAGGACCUGAAUGUCUGCUGUACAAUAAUCUAAUAAAGAUUGUUAGUUGCUAAAAAUAGAGGCAACGUCAUUUGAAAAUUGCGGUUUUAGCUCUAAGAAGAAAACAGUUUUGCUCAAAUUCGUAGCUGAUAAUUGCUUUUUAUUUCUUUAGUGUCUGUCGUUUGAGUUGAAGGCUUUGCACAGGUGCUGCCAUCCCUAAAGUGUGUAAUUGAUGGCUUGUUUACCAAAGAUGCAUUUAGGUUUCAUCCUGCAAACUCAUAUUGGAGCUCCACAGGCAGUAAAGUUACUCAUCUACAUAAGUGCUUGCAGGUUUGGUCCAUGCACACAUUUUUAGAGGUACAUAAACACGUUCUCUUUUUGAUUUUUUUUUUUUUUGUUUCAAAACGGGUGUUGAAAAGUCACAGAUAUAGGAUUUACAUGAGGCACAAAGAAUGUUCUCUUUUAGAUAUAUCUCUGAGUCCCUUGCAUUAGUGGCUAUUUGAAUUGUUUCUGAGCACUUAAAUUUUAAUAAAAAUACAGUGUUUACUAAUGCAUCAAAUAUCUUUGCUAAGAAAAUGUUAGGCAGUUUGGCAAAUCAUGCUUAUAAAAUGCAUCAGAGCCUUUUAUGUCAUGUAUUUUAACUAGUCUCUGAUACUUGGUGUAUUUUUAAUGAUAUAAUUUACAGUGUUCUGUAACAGAAUAUUGAGCUUAAUUACUUUGUGUUUGCAAAGCAUUUGAAGUUGAAUGACACUAUGCAAGAGCUAUGCUGGCUUCACUGAGAAUGGAAAUGUUAGGCUGAUGCAAGUUUUCCUUCACAUAUUUUGGUAAUUCUUACAACAGUGCUGUGUCUUCUUUCUCAGAGCCAAAUGGCAGAGAGAAGUGGUAUUCUUGUGGACAUCCAUUCCUUGGGCACAGCUCUCAUGCACCUGGUGCCACUGACAGUUAGUUGUGUAAUCUUCAGGAUAUGAAAGAUCAAGAAAGUGUUCUAUUUCCUGCUGUGAGCUAUGGCAACGCCUUGCUUUAAAAUUGCAAACUAGUCCCAACUGAUAGCAUUUCGGAGCACUGGGAAAAAUCUUUCCAUUUAGGAAAUAAAUUUGAUUUGAAACAGAAAAUGUCUUAAGAAUGUGAGAUGAGGCAGGAGAACUUGUGAUCCCAGGUACCAGUCCAGCUUCAAAAUCCUUAUUAGACAAGUCAUUCACGUUUUGCCUGUGGCUUUAAUGGCUACAUGUUUGCACAAGGAGGAAAGCUGGAUUAAAAUUGUUACCCCCCACAAAAAGCAUCUUUCUAUCUUGAGCCUGGCUGCAAACGGUCUAUCAAGUGUUACAUCUCCAUUACAACUCUCCUUCGCUGUUCCCUGAACAAAAGAGGAUGCAGUGGGUGGAGCUUUUGAUACUCCUCUUGAUAUGGCAGGUGGCACAGCUGAUAUGGCGGGGGAAGAGGAAAAAGGCAGCAACACAUGCAAGUCAAACACACAGUGUUUUAUUACCCACUCUCUCUAAUACAAGAGGGGAAUAACCAAGUCCUUGUUUUUUUUCACAGGAGAAAUUAUAAACAUGUACUUUAACCUGGAUUUUAAUGUUGGUUUUUUCCAGAGUGUGUGUUUUUUCUUUUUUAAGGCAGGGUUUUUUAACAGUGAUGUCAAACUGCAAAUUCCUUUAACUCUUUUGAAAUGUUUUGAGAAACUAUGAGAAAGUGCUAGGACAGCAUGCACUGGUGGUUAUGUCUAGAAUGUUUUCUGCACAGCCUGGUCAUCCCAUGUUGUUUCCUCAGAAAGAGACAAUUUUUUUUUUUUUUGCUUUCUAUCUCUUUAUUUGCUUUUUAUAUUGUCUUGAGUCUGAUUAAGGUGGUGUCUCCACUGCCACAUAUUGGUAGUCUAACACUGGUUGUAAGCCCACCAGUAUCUUUUGAAAGAUUGCUUUGAAAGUUGAUUUUCAAUAUGAUUCUCAUCUGCAAUGCAAUAGCACUUAUUAAUGCAAUCAAAAUGAGGGCACCCUCAUUCAAAAUCCCAUAAAGUUUAAAGAAGGUCAACACAUGACUUGGUAAAUUUGCUGAUGAAUGUGUAAGUAAGGAGGGGACCCCCAAAAUGAUGCCCAUUCCUCGUAUGAGGAAACCUGAAGCACAGCCAGUAUUGCUGUCUCCAUUGCCCAUAGCAAUUUAGAAAUCAGGCAAUGCACUCUAGAACUGACCCCAGAUUUUGUGAGACCCACUGCUGCAUCUCCUCUGCAAGAUCCAUCUCCCUCUCCAACCUGUGGUCUCUGUUCCAACAGCUGAAUGUAACAAAUCUAACUUUUCUUUCCCAUUUUUAGAGGGUUUAGCCUAUUACAGCUCCUUGCUUAGUCAGCAGCUGGCUUGCUGCCAAAAAGCCCAGCAUAUUGUUGUG